AUCCAAGGUAACGUACCAGGAGAUGUUUACACUUCUCUAAUACAAAGCAGAAUAAUAGAAGAUCCUUAUCGACGUGAUAAUGAUGUAGUGUACAGACCCUAUGCUUAUUAUGGCUAUACAUAUAAUAGAAAAUUUACUGCGCCAUUCCCCAUUACAGUUAGUGAGGCAGAUUUUAAGUCUACUAAAAUAGAACUAGUUUGUGAUGGACUGGACACAUUCUCUGAUAUAAUGGUAAAUGGUGUAUUGGUUGGUAGUAGUGAUAAUAUGUUUAUAAAGUAUAGAUAUAAUAUUAAACAUGUUAUAAAACCUGGUAUAAAUAAUAUUACCAUCAGCUUCCAAUCUGCUGUAAUAACUGCUGAAGCCUUGUAUAAUAAAUCUACCUACCAUAUACCAUCAAUAUGUCCAGAUGCUUACCAUGGUUUUUGUCAUUAUAACUUCAUCAGAAAGAUGGAAUAUUCAUUUAGUUGGGAUUGGGGUCCAGCUAUACCUAACCAGGGUAUUUGGAGAAAUAUCUACGUAGAAUGUUAUGAUAUUCCAAAAAUAAAUAGUAUUUCUGUUUUACCAAAGCAGUCAGAGACUGGUCUUUGGAUGGUUGAUGUUGAUGUAUAUUUUGAUGUUACUUCAACACCAACUACAGGACAGUUGAAGACUAUUAUUGAACCAACAUUACUACCAAAACAGAUAUUGGUUGUUCAAAUAUCAUCGAAUACAGAUCAUAUCUCUUAUAAAAUAAUUAUACCACAGGACCAUCCGUUAAAUUUAUGGUGGCCCCGAGGUUAUGGUAACCAAGAUGUAUAUAACUUGACAGCAACCUUAACCCUGGAUGAUUCUCCUGACAUAUCAACCAAAACCAAACAGAUUGGGUUCAGAACAGUAGAAUUAGUUCGAGAUCCUGUCUCCUCAGAUAAAAAUUUAGGAAACACAUUCUAUUUCCGUAUAAAUGGUGUACCAAUAUUUAUGAAGGGUGCUAACUGGGUCCCACCUGAUACAAUGUUAGAAAGAAUAACUAGAGAUAAAAUAGAGAAUAUAUUACAAUCAGUUAUAGAAGGAAAUAUGAAUUUGUUAACAGUAUCUGGAGUAUCUAUCUAUGAAGAUGACUAUUUCUAUGAAUUAACCAAUAAUUUAGGAAUCAUGGUGUUAGAAGAUCUAAUGUUCUGUGAUGCUCUAUAUCCUGUCGAUCAGAAUUUUCUAGAUUCUGUUAAAAUUGAAGUAACUCAACAAGUCCGAAGAAUCAAGAAUCAUCCAUCAAUUAUUGCUUGGGUAUUUAAUAAUGAAGACGAAAUUCUCAUCAACCAGAAUUGGUUACAUGUGACUGAUAUGGAACGAUUUAGAGAUGAUUAUAGAGUACUAUUUAGGGAGACCUUGGCACCAAUUAUAACAUCAGAGGAUCUCACCAGACCUAGAAUAGUUUCUAGUCCUAGUAAUGGUCAGUCAGAUAUAAUGUGUAAUAACUGUCAAUCUGAACUUAAUGGCGAUGUACAUUUCUAUGACUAUAUAUCGGAUUUAUGGAAUAUAAAUAAUUUUCCCACUCCGAGGUUUGCAUCCGAAUAUGGAUUAAUAUCUUGGUGUGAUCCAGAAACACUGGAGCCUGUCAUAGAUAAAUCUGAUAUGGAUUUCUUUUCACCUAUAGCACAACAUAGAACACAUCAUCCAAAUGGAACGCAGCAGAUGUAUGAUGAAAUAAAGGCUCACUUUACAUUACCAACUACAACAGAUAACGUUACAAGAUUUCAACACAUGAUCUAUUUAUCGCAGAUAAACCAUGCUAUGAUGAUGAGGUAUAUGACAGAACAUUAUCGUAGAUCACAGAAUAACUUUGACCCUUCCAGUGGUAAAGGUCAUACAAUGGGCUCUAUAUUUUGGUUUCUGGCUGAUGUAUGGCAGGCUCCCACUUGGGCAUCUAUAGAUUUUAAUCAGAAAUGGAAAAUGUUACAUUACUAUGCCAAGAAAUUCUUCAACUCUACCAUCGUGUCUCCGCAUAUUUAUGGUACAAACCUCUCAAUUGAUAUUGUCAACGAUGAACUGGCAAUGCUAGAAGAAAGAGAUCCACUAACAAAUCAGUUAAAGUUUAGAUUAAACCAAACGUCAGGAUGUAUCUUUGAAAAGAAUGUAGAUGAUAUUUUAUCUGAAGCUGGUUGUACAGACAAGAAGAAUUGUUUUCUCUAUUUUUAUCUCAACUCAAGAGAUAAUCCAACCAGUACAUCGUGGUUACCAUUAUCAUAUUUUACUGAUGUCCAGGCCAUUUUUAUAUUUCAGAUCUCGAAUGUUAAAAAGAUGUCUCCUACAGAAUUUACAGUAACAUUAACUACAAACCACAUAGCACCAUUUGUAUGGAUUAAUUCACGUGGUAUAUCUGGUCGUUUUUCUGAUAAUGGUUUUAUAAUGAAAGAUCCUCAGCUACAGUUGAUUUUUACAUCCUGGCAACCAGUGGACUUAAAAACUUUUACUAAUUCAUUAUCUGUACAAUCAUUAAUGGAUAUUUACCAUUAA